GAUUUGGAAGUGACAGACGGAGAGGAGGAGGGAGAGGUCUCCGCUCUUCCGAUGAAAGAGCAACAAGUGUGUCGGAGUGAAACUGGGAGUUUGAGGGACUUAAACCUGGAAUUGUGAAAAUAUUUAACCUGGAGUUUUCGGAUCUUAUAGCGGGGCUGAAGGAUUUUGUGGACAGCUUUGGCCCUGAGGUGAUGAUGUCAUGGCUGCCUUGUUUACUGAACUACCCUCCUAGACUUUCCAAAUAUCCCGACAUAAUAUAACCUUAGCACCCGUGCAGCUCAUAAAUCACAUGCUCGGUGCCCAAAGCGUAUCAAGGAUGACAACCUCCCACCUGAACGGUCAUGUUGGCGGGGAGGGAGGAGGAGGACGAGGAGGAGAUGAAGAGGCCAGGGGAGGACAGCAGCACCGGGAAAUGGCUGUGGACUGUCCAGGGGAGCUCGGGAGCCGUACGCUGCCGGUCCGACGGUCUGCACAGCUGGAGAGGAUACGACAGCACCAGGAGGAUCUACGGCGGCGCAGAGAGGAGGAGGGCCGGCAGCUGGACCUGAACGCCUCGCUCAGACUCAGGAAGCUCUCCCAGAAUCCACACGUUGGGAUCGACAACCCCACGUUCCUUCAGGACUCACUGAUACCGCAGCAGCCAUCGCUCAGCAGCCAGCAGAGUCAGGCGCUGCUGGAGCUGGAGGAGCUGCUGUUGUCGCUGAAGCAGGUCCGAGGCUGCCUGUCUGACCAGCAGAGCCAGAAUGACAUAGAGCUGGUUCUCGCUCUGCUCAACAAGGCUGACUUCCAGUCAGCACUGAAGAUCCAUAAUGCUGUGGCCUCCAGCAUGCAUCAACCCUCUCCUCCUUUCCCACAAACACAGCAGGCGCAGCCACUGGCCAUGGAGGUCAGGAACCUCAUGCAGUCCUGUCAGAGUAAAGAAGGACUGGAGCUGCUCAGCCUGCUGUCAGACACACACAUCCAGUCGUUGCUUCUGGCCCAUGACAGCAUAGCAGAGGGAGAAAUGGAGCCUGAGUCUCAGCCGGUUGAAGGAAAAACUUUUACUCAGUGGGGAGGAGAGACCGUGAAGAUUGUUCGCAUAGAAAAAGCUCAAGAUGUUCCACUGGGAGCAACAGUUCGUAAUGAGAUGGACAGCGUUGUCAUCAGUCGUAUUGUUCGGGGAGGAGCAGCUGAACACAGCGGACUUCUGUCUGAGGGAGAUGAAAUCCUGGAGAUCAACGGCAUCGAGAUCAGAGGAAAGGACGUCAACCAAGUGUUUGACAUUCUUGCCGACAUGCAUGGCCUCCUGACCUUUGUGUUAAUUCCCAGCGCUCAGACCAAGCCCCCUCCUCCUAAAGAGACCGUGAUUCAUGUAAAGGCCCACUUUGACUAUGACCCCUCUGAUGACCCGUAUGUGCCAUGCAGAGAGCUGGGCUUAUCCUUCCAGAAAGGAGAUAUUCUCCACGUUAUCAGCCAAGCAGAUCCCAACUGGUGGCAAGCUUACAGAGACGGGGAUGAGGAUAACCAACCGCUAGCUGGGCUGGUUCCAGGGAAGACCUUCCAGCAGCAAAGAGAAGCCAUGAAGCAGACCAUAGAAGAAGACAAGGAGUCUGAGAAACCUGGGAAGCUUUGGUGCGCCAAGAAGAGGAAACGGAAGAAGCUGCUGUACUCCCACAGGAACGACGAUCUUGAUGAUGAAAUUCUGACUUAUGAGGAGAUGGCUCUUUAUCACCAACCGGCUAAUAGGAAGCGUCCGGUCGCUCUGAUUGGUCCAAACACCUGUGGGCAGGCGGAGCUAAGGCAGAGACUCCUCAACAACCAACCAGAACGCUUCGCUGGAGCUGUGCCUCACACCACACGGAGCCGUCGAGAAGGUGAGGUCAGUGGUCGAGAUUACCACUUUGUGUCCCGUCAGGCCUUUGAAGCAGAACUAACAUCUGGGAAGCUGAUCGAGUCUGGAGAGUUUGAGAAGAACUUGUACGGUACCAGCACAGACUCUGUAAGGCAGGUCAUCAACACUGGAAAAAUCUGCGUGCUCUGUCUGCACACGCAGGCCCUGAAGGUGCUGAGGAGCUCAGACCUGAAGCCUUAUAUCAUCUUCAUCGCACCGCCCUCGCAGGAGCGACUUAGAGCGCUUCUGGUGAAGGACAACAAGAACCCAAAGCCCGAGGAGUUGCGUGAAAUCAUCGAGAAGGCCCGGGAGAUGGAGCAGAGCUGCGGCCACCUGUUCGACGCCAUCAUCGUCAACACGGACCUGGACAAGGCGUACGCCGAGCUACUGCGACUCAUCAACAAGCUGGACACCGAGCCGCAGUGGGUGCCGUGCUCCUGGCUGCGCUGAAUCGGCACGCUCUGAUCCCGACCAGCAUUUGGUGCCUCUGCUGAUGUCAGACCUGUAAAAACAUCUAAACCCAAAUUUCCUGAAAACUGUUUUUUAUUUUUAGUAAAGAACAAAAAUCUUUUUUUUUUUGUAAAUUCCUAUUAGAGUUUAAAAUGAAAAGUCAGACCUAUCUUUGAUGUUUUCUCAUAAAUUUACAGUUUAAUUUAAACUGAACUUUUUAAAGAGAAUUUAAUUGGGUUUUUCAUUUUUCUCUUUCAUAAAAACGUCUGAACUCUGGACCUUUCAAUUGUUUUAUCAACAUUUCUUCAGGAUUUCACUUCUUCACUCAUUAAAACAGAAACUUAAAAUGUUCCAGAAAAUUCUGCCCGUCUUCCUGUAGAUGGAUCGGAUCAGAUCUUUGUGACAUCAGCCCUGAUAUGAGACAGGUCCGAUGGACCUGAAUCACCUUCUGCUUUCACUUUGAAGCCAUUUUUAACUGUAGAACUUUCUUAGAACCACUUUUUCUGUAAUUCUAUUCCAAAACCACUGGUUUUGUGCUCUGUGCAGCGACCCCUAGUGUUUUGUUUAAACAUCAAACAUUUAGAUUUGUGAAAAUAUGAUAUUUUGUGCAAUAUAAUAUCAUGAAUCCACAGCAGUUCUUUAAGAACUGAACCCUUAACUCUUCUCACAGCUGUACUCUGGCUCAGUCAAGUGUUUAGCGCCCCCCUGAGGAGCCAUGAAGCAUAACUGCAUGAACUUCUUUUACCAAUAUUCCAAGUCAUGUCAUUAUCAUGUGUAACACUGAAAGUUAUAUUUUUAGUAUAUCCAUAUUCUUUGGCGCUCAUAAUCACAAAGAUAGAUUUUUGUUACAUCAACCUGUUAAAAAUUGGAAAUUGCUGAGUCACCGGUUGCUAUGGCGAUUGCAUCUUCUGAUGUGUCUCUGGGCUGAUUGAACAGAAACCUAUGUUUCCUUUUGCAACAUAUAAAGUGUUGAUGUGGAGAUGAAACUGUGGCUGAGGCUCGGACCGCCCUUCUGGCCCGGGUUUAUCAUCUCUACUCCGAGGUCCCAUCUUAGUCUGAAGAACACGCGGGCCGAUGAAUAACUGGCAACGACUUCCUAAUCGAACCAACACGUCAUCAAGGCUGAAAUAAGAUGCAAGCUGAAACCCAGAAAUAAGACUAAAUGUAUUCCAUGAAGUUUCUAUUGGUGCUGAUGGCAACACUGAGCUGAUUUCAGUGACUAAUGCUCCAGUGGGUUGUCUGAUCACAUGAUCGAUCAGCUGUUUCACCUUUACAAAACAAACAUGGUCGACACUCAAUGAUACAACACUGGCAGCAGUUCAAACAUUCCUGAAGGAAGACAGUUUCCAGAUACUUUACAUUUCUACUAUUUAGGUUAUCCUACGGCGCCACCUGCUGAAUACACCAAACACUUCAGUUCAGACUAGCCAAUAAAAAACAAGCUUUUUACCUAGUCUUUAAGGCUCAUCUUGACUUAUCCAGAAUCAGUUCCCUGGUUAAGAACUGGUUUUAAGGUCGUUGAAAUGCCAGUAACCAAUUCGAUAUGAGGCACCAAACCAGAGCUGGAGGCUGGGAGACCUUUUGGUUUCAUCCUGUGAUCUCGACCAGUUUGAUUAUUUUUAGUGUCACACAAAGAGAACCUGUGAACCUUGUGAUUUUGAAACAGUCAAGGUUCAAACCCACACCAUGGUCCACCUGCUGCAGAUUUUCUCUCAUACUGGUCAGACUGGAGACAGACUGGUUUAUAGAGCACUAAACACAGCACUUCAUCAUCCUCUGAUCACAUGCUUCAAGAUGCUGAAGAAAACCCAUAGUUUGUGUUUUUGGUCUGGUUAAAGUGUCUGUGUUGGACUGUCUCUAAGGACAGUGCAGUAUUAUUCUGACCUAAAGUAGACCUGACACCAGUAUCGCUGUCACCACUGUGUUGUAGAGCCCUUAUAUAUUUUUAUUAUUGAUCAUAGAUCUAUGAAGUUGAGAAAGCACCAAUAAGAUUGAAGGUUUCCACUCCUGCCCUCUAUGCUAUUGGUCCAGGAGCACCAUGGAGGCGGGGCUGAGUGGAGCUGACUGUAUUGAAUGUAAAUUGUUUUCUUCUGAAAUCACCUCUUAAUAAAACUGUUUUCUGUUUUGAUAUCCACAAUGAAGGAAUAAAUAGAUGAUUGAUAGAA